AUGGCGGACUCGGAAUUACGUCAGCGGAAGCAGCAGGAUGCUAAGCCGGCAAAGACGAAGUCGAGCUCCAAGUCGAGAAUCGACGAGGAAGAUGCCUAUUCCCCGUGGCUGGACACCCUGCGCGUGAUCAGCUUCUUGUUCGUGGCUUCAUGCGCGCUCAGCUACUGGAUCAGCAACGGCGAGAGUUUCUUCUGGGGCAUGAGGAACAAGCCCCACUACCUGAGGGUAGACUGGUGGAAAGCUCAAAUUCAAGGUCCUAUUUACUUGACCCCCGAACAGCUCGCCGCCUACGACGGCAAAGAUACUUCUAAGCCCGUCUACAUUGCCAUCAACGGCACCAUCUUCGACGUCUCUGUCGGCCGCCACAUCUACGGCCCCGGAGGCUCCUACAGCUACUUUGCAGGCUGCGAUGCUGCACGAGCUUUUGUCACUGGGUGCUUUGCCGAUGAUCGCACGCCCGACAUGCGCGGUGUAGAGGACAUGUUCCUGCCGCUGGACGAUCCUGAGAUUGACGCCCAGUGGACCACGGCCGAGAUGAAGGAGAUGAAGGCAAUGGAGCUGGCUGCGGCACAACGGCAGGUGCAAGAUGCGUUGAAGCACUGGGUGAACUUUUUUGGGAACAGCAAGAAGUAUCACAAGGUGGGCUACGUGAAGCGAGAGAAGAAUUGGCUAGAGAAGCAGCCUAGGAGGGAGCUCUGUGCCCCCGCUCAGCAGGGCAGGUCGAAGAGAAAGCCGAGACAUGCUAAGGAGGAGAAGUAA